GAGGGCGGACGGCGGGAAUCGCGGAACGGGAGCGAGUGUAGUGCGCGUAGCGCGGCGGGAUUCGGGGCGCUUUUCGAACGGCGGCGGACCCGCAGCGGUAGCGGCGCGGGCGGCGCGGGCGGCGCGGCCGUAAACAACGACGACGAGGACGACGAGCAGCAGGACGUCGUCGCGGCCGCCGGUCGCACGGUCGCCCUCGCGACCAACUCGAUCGCCUCGAUCGCGGGCCGUCGUCGUCCGUCUCCAUCCGUGUCUCGAUCGUCCUACCUCUCGCUCAACUCCGCUACCGCCACCGCCGUCUACGCGACUAACGCGACCCAAGAACCUGACGGGCCCGGACCGUUAGACGUCGAAGGGAAAAACGGCGAGCCGCGUGUAUCCUUCCCGUGGUGUGUCAUGGGGUGUUUCGGCAGCCAGAACAAGGACAGCCAGGAUGAAAGCAAAAAUCAGAAGAGACGAUCCGAUGCCAUCACCAGGCAGCUGCAGAAGGACAAGCAGGUUUACCGUGCCACCCACAGGCUACUCCUGCUCGGAGCAGGAGAGUCCGGCAAAAGCACGAUUGUCAAACAGAUGAGGAUACUGCACGUCAAUGGUUUCAGCGAAGCGGAAAAGCGGCAGAAGAUUGAAGAUAUUAAGAAGAAUAUUAGGGACGCCAUUUUGACGAUAACCAGUGCGAUGAGUACGUUAACGCCGCCCGUUACACUAGGAGACAUGUCGAAUCAGAGCAGAAUGGACUAUGUCCUGGAAGUCUCGUCUUCCCCAGACUUUGAUUAUCCUCCGGAAUUCUACGAUAUCGUCGAAACACUUUGGAGAGAUCGGGGCGUUCAGCAAAGCUUUGAAAGGAGUAACGAGUAUCAACUUAUCGAUUGCGCCAAAUAUUUUCUAGAUAAGGUAGCCAUCGUAAAACAGCCAGAUUACACGCCCACGGAGCAGGACAUCCUCAGGUGUCGAGUCCUCACGUCUGGCAUUUUUGAGACGCGGUUUCAGGUCGACAAAGUAAACUUUCAUAUGUUCGACGUUGGCGGCCAGCGUGACGAAAGAAGAAAAUGGAUACAGUGUUUCAACGAUGUCACGGCGAUUAUAUUCGUCACGGCGUGUAGUAGUUACAAUAUGGUACUCAGGGAAGACCCUACAAAAUUGAGACUCAGGGAGAGUCUCGAUCUCUUUAAAAGUAUCUGGAACAAUCGGUGGCUCCGCACGAUCUCGGUAAUCCUGUUUCUAAACAAGCAAGAUCUAUUAGCGGAAAAGGUCAAGGCGGGCAAGCACAAAUUGGAGGAUUACUUUCCGGAAUUCGCACGCUACCAAACACCAGUCGAGCCCGGGAUGGCUGCGGAUCCCUCGGAAAUACCUGAUGUCAUAAGGGCCAAGUACUUUAUAAGAGAUGAGUUUCUCCGCAUAAGUACGGCGAGCGGCGACGGCAAGCACUAUUGUUACCCACACUUUACGUGCGCCGUCGACACGGAGAACAUCAAGAGAGUGUUCAACGAUUGUCGAGACAUCAUCCAGCGGAUGCAUCUGCGCCAAUACGAGCUCUUGUGACUUCGUUCCUGCCGACGUCUUCUGUCAUUAUUCGUUAACCUGACCUUUGGUCACGCUCGUGCUGCACCCUGAGUCGCUGCUGCAGCCAGUGCGAAGUGUGAAUGAGCGAGAGCGAGCUGUGCCAUCAACUAUGGCCUCGCGAGGAGGACUCGUUCGAGUUCCAUAUACCUCAUAUACCUGGGUAUAUUCAGGUAACGCGUAGGGCUUCCUCGCCAGUCCAAAACCGACAAAUCGAAAAACCGAUAAACGUGUAUAGUCCGAAGGACACUAUAGUAGUACCGCGCGUUCAUCGAGUGCGCGCCAGCGGACCUUGAGGGUGACUCUUCUCCUCGUCGACGAGAGUCGGUAUAUAGCGAUACACAUUAUACACCGUAAGCAACGUAGCAACACCUGGCGCUGCGCGCUGUGAGAUCUGUCUGAAGCGAGUUCCUUCUCCCUCGCGCGAAUUUAAUUUCGCGCCAAACCAAACCGCGAGCGAGCAAGGCAGGACGCGAGACGUCCGCGCAUCGACACGUCGGCCCCGCACCGUGACCUACCACCGUCAGUCGUUGGUCAGUGAGUUGAGAACGAAAACAAACGAGCGGGCGUGGCGUAGCGUAUUUAUUCUCGCGACUCGCGAUCACUCGACUCUCUUUUCAGAAAGAAAGAGUAUGCUGAACACUCGUCGUCGUCCAUCCGGACGAUGAUGGCGGGAUUGGGAACGAAACUCUCUCUCGCCGUGCGUUCGAUCGUACGUACUGUGAACCAUUACCUCGUUAAUUUUAUUCCUCUCGCAUGUGAUUCCGCUUCGUGGCGGAACGCUUCGCGCGAAUCCUGUCAUAAGCGUGGGCCAACGUCGUCGUCGGAUGUGAUUUCGAGAGAUGAUCCUCCUCGUUCAACACACUCUUCAAGUGAAUUAUCGUUCGGAUUAGAGUUAAGGACGUUUCCUAAGACUUAGGCGAACCUUUUCGGUAAAAAGGAAAAAAA